CAGACGCUCUCGCAGACGGACAAGUCGCAGUUCACGCGCAGUAGCGUCGCGAACGUCGGCGAGCAAGUGUCUCAAGCUCGGCAGGCCGCGCGACAUUGCUCAACCGACCGUGGCACGUGCUUCCUGCCAGCUCUCGGAUAUACUUGCGCGUAUGACCCGUCGCGAUCAUACAACAUCGCCGCCCCGCGCACUGGGUCUCUAUGUUAUAAAUAAAGUCGUCCGUGUUUGAUCCGUGUCUGGGUGAACUCUCGUUUCAAAAUAAUUAUAACCGUUAUACGUAUAAGGCUGUGCAGUAUAUCUCACGUAUGUGUCGAAUUUCGCUGUGUGCCCCGAUCGUCGCCGAGUGACUCGCGAGUGCUUGAGAGAAUCGCGAGUGAUUUAUCAUUGUCAUCGUCGUCAUUAUCAUCCGCGGCAUUCGGCUCGACGCGGAGGAAAAAGCAUAUAAUAUAUUUUGACAGUAAAUCGUUGGCUUCGUCUACGUCGCACGAUAACCAUUCCAUCGCGCAGUGUGUUUGAAAUUUCGAACGUUACAAACAAAUAGCAAGCGAAUAACAUUGGAGCAUCGUCGUGAUCGUGGCGGGCCGCGCGAGAAGUGCAUCGCAUAUAAUACCAUUACAUCAUAUAGGUAUGUCGGUUCGCGAGUGAGCUGCUGUACAUACAUAAAUACUCGUGCGCUAAUGGCAAUAUAGCCGAUACAAACCCUUAUAAGAGAAGUCGGCAGCGGCUGUAUGUGCAGUUGCGUCGAGAGCGUGGAAUAAAGGAGUCGCGCUCGCGGAUCGUCCGCUGCGGAGUGCAUCGAGGAACGAGUCUUGCUCGUUCGCUAUUACUCGUACUCGUAAGUCGCCGAGUUUAGUCCUAUAAGCGAGUACAACACGGUGUGCACCUUAUAUAUAUUAUAUAUAUAGGAGGCAGCUUAUAAGACUGCAGUCGUCGUCUCUUUCUCUUUCGAUCUCGCUUUCUGCAGCUCUCUUCUUGCACAUACUACAUCGGGUAUCUCUCUUUCUCUCUCUCUUCGUCUGCGACUCUCGCUCGUCGUCCCUCGGCUAUAUAUACAGAAAAUAUCGCCGUCGCCGUGUUGUGCAGCACAGCCUGCACACAUAAGAAAGAGAGAAAAGACUGCAACAGUACCGCAGGCGCGUCAUAUACAGAGUGCAGUGGCUCGUUCCUUAAACUCCGUGUGAGCAGUGCGCGCAAACCUUCGGGCAAACGAGUAAGCAGCAGCAGCAGCAGCAACGCAUAAUAGGAAGAGGUGGCCCUGCCGCAGGAACUGGACACUAAGACGCCGGCAGGAAGGUCGAGUACAAUCGCAAAAAGGCCAACGAAACCAACCGACUUGCGAUCGCGAGAGUCGAUGAAUUAAUGGGUGCUUCAUCAAAGAUGAUACGAUCAGAGAUCUGAAAGCGAGGAAGGGUGCGAUAAGUAAAAGCUCACCGUAACGCAAGCAUGGGUCGAGCCUAUGCGACGCUGUGGUCCCUGCUUCUCUUGGCGCUGUGCUGCUUCGAGUCCGGCGGCGCGAAGCGACCGGGCGAUUCCAUCGAGCCGUCGAUCGAGGACGUUUUCGGGGCCCAGCGCCGUUCGCCCGCGGGCCACCAUGGCAAACAGCAACAACAGCAGCAUUCCAGCGGCGGCAUCGGCAGCCUCGGCGCGGGCUUAUCCAGCGCCGGUCAGGCCAACUCGCCGUACCUGCCCUACAUCACGAAAGAACGCAAGCCCAACAUCGUGCUGAUCCUCACCGACGAUCAGGACGUCGAGCUCGGCUCGCUGAACUACAUGCCGCAGACCUUGAGACGCAUCAGGGACGAGGGUGCAGAAUUGCGCCACGCUUACGUCACGACGCCGAUGUGUUGUCCCAGCAGGAGCUCGCUCCUCACCGGACGUUACAUGCACAAUCACGAGGUGUUUACCAACAACGACAACUGCAGCAGCCCUCAGUGGCAGAGGGAGCACGAGCCGCACAGCUUCGCCACUUACCUCAGCAACGCCGGCUACCGUACUGGCUACUUCGGCAAGUAUCUGAACAAGUACAACGGCUCGUACAUACCGCCGGGCUGGCGAGAAUGGGGCGGUCUCAUCAUGAACUCGCGCUACUACAACUACAGCGUCAACAUGAACGGCAAGAAGAUCAAGCACGGCUUCGACUACGCCAAGGACUACUACCCGGACCUCAUUGCCAACGACAGCGUGGCCUUUCUGCGCCAGAGCAAGCACAACUUCGCCCGCAAGCCGCUGAUGCUGGUGGCGAGCUUUCCGGCGCCCCACGGCCCCGAGGACUCGGCGCCGCAAUUUUCCGAUCUUUUUUUCAAUGUCACCACGCAUCAUACGCCAGCGUAUGAUUACGCUCCGAAUCCUGACAAACAAUGGAUUCUGCAGGUGACCCAGAAGAUGCAACCGAUACACAAACAAUUUACCAAUUUGUUGAUGACGAAGCGCUUACAGACGCUUCAGAGCGUCGACUCGGCCGUCGAAAGGAUCUAUCAAGAGUUGAAAAAUCUGGGUGAGCUCGACAACACAUACAUUAUUUACACUUCGGAUCACGGCUACCAUCUCGGUCAGUUCGGUCUUAUCAAGGGCAAAAGUUUCCCGUUCGAGUUCGACGUGCGGGUGCCGUUCCUCGUGCGCGGCCCCGGCAUCGAGCCAGGAUCCGUAGUAGACGACAUCGUGCUGAACAUCGACCUGGCGCCGACUUUUCUGGACAUAGCGGGCGUCGAGACACCCCCGAGAAUGGACGGGCGCUCCUUCAAGAAGCUCUUCUUCAACAACAAACAAGGUCGCCGCUCCAAAUUCAAAUGGCCCGAUACGUUCCUAAUCGAGUCGUCGGGCCGACGAGAGACUCCGGAAUCGAUUGCCGAAGCUAGGGCCCGCGAGGCAAGGAAACAAGCCAAAUUGGCAUUCAAUCUGAAUGGUCCAGCGUCGUCAGCCAGCGGCUCAGCCGACGAUACCACCGACGCGAACAACGAAUCGUCAUCGUUGAGGAAAAUUGGCGAAACUGAGUCUAGCGCUAGUGACCUCGAUUUCGAUAGCGACGACGAUGACGUCGAAGAAUCUCUCAUGGACGACAAUGCUCAAAUCGACCCGCUGAGCGAGACUCUGCGCCUGGAGGAAUUCACGCCCGGCAGUCCGCGUUACGCGCGCCUCGCCAUCGAGUGCAUGAGGGCCUCCGCCCAGGCGAAUUGCCUACCUGGACAGAAGUGGCGAUGCGAACGCGACGGUCAGCAGCGUUGGAGGCGGCACAAGUGUGGCGGCGACGACAAGAAUGACGAGGCCUUCGGGCCGCUCAUACCGAUGCCGCGCAACGCCUGGAAAAAAUGCGCCUGCUUCACGCCCAACGGCGUCGUCUACACGCGCCUCGAGGCCGACGACUUCGACGGUCAGCGCUUCGUUUUCGGCAGGGAGAGCAAAUUCGUCGGUCCAUACGGACAAGUGCAGGCCAUAGCACCCCGACGAGGUAAAAGAGAAACUGUCGAUAACGAUAGUUUCAGCAAGUUAAAUAACGAUUGGCAGCUAGAAACUUCUCAGUACACCUCCAAGGAUUUCGAGAUGCAAACUUUUGACAAUCCCGAUGAUGUGCACUUGGACGUCGAGGACAUAAUCUCGAGGCACCAGAGAGUGCGAAGGAGCACACUCAAGGGUGACAGCAUCGAACAUGUGACCAAAAUAAUGGAAAGCAUCGAAGAGGAGCUCGACGAUCUGAAGGCAAAGCAUUCGAAUCCUGACAAGCAGUUUCAACCAAAAUGUUCAAAGUUACCUCGUGGUGACGUAAAUUGUAGCCAGUCUGUGUAUAAGGAUCCAACCGAGUGGCGACUAUCAAGAAAAGAAAUUGAACAACAAAUUCGCAGCAUGAGAAAUCAUUUAGAAACUCUCAAGGAAAUUCGACGCCACUUAAUGCUCAAAAGACCGAAUCAGCACCAAUUCAACAGUAGCGAACUAGAUCCAGCUCAAGAAAACGCGCACCGAGGUCACUCUUCCAGGCAUCCGAAACCCCAUAAUUCGGCGGACACCACUCAUCACGUAGCUAGGCACCAUCGACAUUACGAGCGAGAGGAAUCAUCUAGUCUAAGACCUGCCUCGAGCACGCCAAUCAUUGGGUCGGCAACCCAUUUGCCGGAAUUGAGCAAGGGUAAAAACGCACCGGCCAUCGAUUCUAUACCCUUAGGGACUUCGAAGCCAAAGAAAAAUGGACGUCGUCACAAAGUUCGCGACAGCCCGGGAAGCAACACACCGCUCGUCGUCGAGGCUAGCGGUGUCGGUGAGGACGGACAACAGCGACGCCGAAAAAAUCAUCAUAAACGCAGGAACAAUACCUUGCUAACCAACAGCGUACACUUUGAGCUCGGAGGAGCUGUGCCCGAUCAGAGCUCGACCGAUGUCCCAUCCACCACGUCGUCUACGAUAAUUCAUAGGAUUGAUUUGAACUCGGGAGAAUCUUCUGUCAACUCGUUGCUGAAUCGAAAUUCGACCAACGAGAAAAACAAUUUCUCAACUAACUCGAGUUCUGUUAAUGACAAUAGUAGUCUACCCACUGAGUCUACGAUAGGGCUGGACACGACGACGUCAAUGUCUACUAAAAUUCCCCACCCAAGUCAAUCUGCAUCGGAUGCUGUUGAAACGACAUCACCUGCUCCUGAACGUCAACACAAGUGUUUUUGUGAACCAGAUCAAUAUGUCAAAGAAGAAAAGGAUUCAGCCAAAGAAGAGAAAAGAAGACUGAAAGAAGAACGAAAUCGAAAGAAAGAACGUAAACAGCGCAAAAAAGCUAAACUCGAAAAAGAGUGUCUUACCGAAAAGAUGAACUGUUUUGAGCACGACAACGAUCACUGGCGAACCGAGCCCCGUUGGACUGCCGGACCCUUUUGCUUCUGCAUGAAUGCCAACAACAAUACAUACUCUUGUUUGCGCACAAUUAACGCCACGCACAACUUCCUCUAUUGCGAGUUUACAACCGGUCUUGUGACUUUUUACAACUUGAGAAUCGAUCCAUUUGAGCAAUGGAAUAGAGCCUCGUCACUAAACCCAUCCGAAAAAUCCUAUCUCCACAAUCAAUUAGAACAUUUGAAAGGAUGUCGAGGUACGCACGAUUGUACAGUUGGCAGUGCAAAAGACAGCAUUAAAGAAGUAUUAGGACAACAGCAGCAAAGAUCCAUGCUGAAACGAAAGUAUUCGGAUACAUUUGAUGAAACUUUCGUUCCAUCGGCUUUACAAAUCAUUGGAGAUAGUGAAUUGCUGCACUCUCAACAUCGAAGACGUAGCAAAAAAUGGCCCAACCCUUGGAAUAGACAUAAUCGAAGUGGCCAAAGUGGUAGAAGAUCUCAUGAUGAUGUAAUGAUCCAAAGAAGACAUCGGCAUCACACGUAGGACUUUUUUUUAUUGGAUUACCGUUGAUAUAGUUUUUUUCUGUAAGCGUUAAAACGGAAAUUGAUAUUACAUUUACGUUGCUUCAUUUGAAAAAAGCUUUGCAAGUAGCUUAUAACAGUCAAGUAUCAAAGAUAAAGCUUUGAUUUUAGCAAGUAUUAGGUAGAUUGUAUAGAAUUCAAAAGUUCAUAAUGCAGAGAUGAACAAUUUUUUAUUUAUUAGAAUAAAUUUCUUUGGAAAACGUUGAUAUUUUUUUACUUGAACGUGAAUACUCAUUAUUGAUACACCAAGGAAUUGCAGACUGUUUUGACAAUCAAAAAUUCAAUUCGGCAUAAUCAAAUAUCUAAUCAAAGCAACUAUGUAGAAAUUAUUAGUAGUAUGAUUCAAAUAAUCUAAAAUACAAUAUACAUGUUUUCACGUACAUACAAAGUAUAAUGUACAUAUAUUCAUGGUCAAUACAACAAACUUUAUGACAGCACUUCCUUUUAUUGUAAAUCAAUAUUCAAAAUUUAUAAUUUAUUGGAUUUAAUUUUUUUCACUGCCGUUUGUUCUCUCUGUAACUUUUUCGAUGAAUUGUAUAAUAAAUUUAAUCAUCACAAUUUUAUCGAUUUAAAGUGUGUAAAAUUAAAAAGAAGGAUGUAAAAAGUAUGAAAUUCAAUGUCGUGCAAUACGAAUACAUAUUAUAAAUACAUAUUAGUUUGAAUUUUUAGUUAAAUUAAUUGUACUAAUACCGCAUUGUGUAUAGGAAGUCUUCAUCCAAUAGUUUAUUAGUUAUAUUUUCUAAUCUAAUAGAAUAAUGUUCAAGUCUCAAUUACUGAAAACUGGUUUUAUUCAAUUUAACUUGAAAAUAUACGUGUAGAUUUUACCGCUUAAGUGCAAAACUAAUUGUAUUAUUAAUAUUAUUUAUAUUUUUCCAAACUAUGUACAAGUUAAGGAUUAGAAAAAAUGCUUUAACAGUUACAAAAAAGGAUUUUUUCUAUUUUUUGUGCUUCAAGCUAUAAAGGUAUUGUUUUUUAUUUUAUCGAAUAAAAAUA